AUGCUAACUUGCGAAGAAGUCAUGUCUGGUUUCAAGAAAGAGUAUGAAGCCGGCACUCACAGAAGUCCUCACAUUCAAAACGAAGCCACCGGCAAAGGUUUUAGCACGCGAGCGGUACGUGACCGCCUCGACCAGCUGCUCGCACAGUUUGCUGCAGAGGAUCGCGCCAACUUAAGAAGGUCAGGCACCGAGGAGCAAUAUAGCGAAAAGGAACACCUCCUCCAGGCGAUCGCCGAUCUGACAAGAGAAUUUCACUACAAGUACAAGGCAGCGGCCGUCCGGAGAGCGGCCCCGUCACGCCAGAAGCUCACAGCCGCCGAACGAAGCGACGCGUCUGCUGUGGGCGGCCCUUUACGGGACACCGCCGCCGCAACCAACUUAGCAUAUUCCACGAAUGGCAGCGCAACUGCGGACGCAUGCCGUGCCUCCACUUCUACUGAUGCUGCUGCUGCAGCGUACGUGGCAACCUCUUCGGUCGUCGAGGUACCGGAAAGUGCUGGCAACAUAUGGACCACUUGUGUUGUGGAUACGGCAGAGCUCCUCUCGGCGGCAGAUGCAGGCAACACAUAUGAAAUUGUUGGUCUUGACGUGAGCAGAGAGUUACCUGCAGCUGCCACGGGCACCCCUUCGAUCGAUGUUGGAGGCCAUGCACCUGCAGCUUCACCCGAGCAGACCGUGGAACCUGAAGCUAGCCGUCAGGUGCAGGGGGGUAAGCUCCAGGCUUCCCAAGCAGCUCAAAUGUUCUAUAAACCUCCUCAGAACAUCCCUUGUGAUUAGGUGAAGGGCUUGAGGUAAGGGGAGGUGCAUGAACCAACACAAAGAGAGAAACAUAAGCACUACCAUUUGCAGUCGCCACGAACUGAAACCCACAGUGCCUGACAUC